AUGAUGUCAUUUCGGGUUCUUGCUUUGUUGAUGGUGGCAGUUUUCUGGCAUCCUUCGAGUGUUGAAUCCAUUGUUCGUCACUACAAAUUCAGUGUUGUAAGGAAGAACAUAACCAGACUAUGCAGUACUAAGCCCAUUAUCACCGUGAAUGGGAUGUUCCCGGGGCCAACUCUCUAUGCAAGGGAAGAUGACACGGUGAUUGUCAGAGUCGUCAACCACGUAAAAGACAAUGUUACAAUCCAUUGGCAUGGAGUUAGACAGUUGCGAACAGGUUGGUCAGAUGGGCCCGCGUAUAUCACCCAAUGUCCUAUUCAGACAGGGCAAAGCUAUAUAUACAACUUCACCCUCACAGGACAAAGAGGUACACUUCUUUGGCAUGCACAUAUCAACUGGCAAAGAGCAACAGUCCAUGGUGCCAUUGUUAUGUUGCCCAAACGCGGUGUUCCUUAUCCAUUUCCCAAACCUGACAAGCAAGAAAUAAUCAUAUUUGGAGAAUGGUGGAAAUCAGAUGUGGAGGCAGUGAUCAACCAGGCUAUGAAAGCAGGCCAGCCACCUAAUGUAUCAGAUGCACAUACCAUUAAUGGACUUCCUGGACCUGUGGCAAAUUGCACUUCUAAGGGCUAUACUCUGCAUGUGGAAACGGGCAAGAUCUACCUGCUGCGCAUUGUUAACGCAGCAGUUAACGAAGAACUCUUCUUCAGAAUUGCAGGGCACAAUCUAACAAUUGUUGGGGUUGAUGCUACAUACACAAAGCCUUUCCAAACCGACACAAUUUUCAUAGGUCCUGGCCAAACUACAACAGCCCUUUUAGCAGCAGAUCAAAGUAUUGGCAAGUAUCUAAUGGCCAUAUCUCCAUUUAUGGACACCAUAGUAGCCACAGAUAACCAAACUGCAACCGGUAUCUUGCGCUACAAAGGCAUUGCACCAUUUUCUACAACAUCCCUCACUGCCAUGCCCCCACGGAAUGCAACACCAGUAACAGCAUCCUUCAUGGACUCCCUUCGAAGCCUUAAUUCCAAAACUUACCCCACAAAUGUCCCAUUGAAAAUUGAUCAGUCAUUGUUUUUCACCCUAGGUGUCGGUGUAAAUCCAUGUGCUACAUGUGUAAACGGAAGCCGUGUUGUGGGUGAUAUCAACAAUGUUAGCUUUGUUAUGCCUACUACAGCUCUGCUUCAAGCGCAUUACUAUAGCAUAAGUGGAGUUUUCACUGAUGAUUUUCCGGGAAAUCCCCCUAUCCCUUUUAACUACACUGGCACUCCACCACAGAACAUGCAGACUAAUAAUGGCACAAAAGUAUACAGAUUGGCUUAUAAUUCUACAGUUCAGAUUGUUAUCCAAGGCAAUUCUUUUAUAGCACCAGAGAGCCAUCCAACACAUUUGCACGGAUUUGACUUUUCUGUGGUGGGGAAGGGCGUUGGCAAUUACGAUCCUAACAAUGAUCCAAAAAAUUUCAAUCUUAUCGAUCCUGUUGAGAGGAAUACAAUAAGUGUACCAACUGGUGGCUGGACUGCAAUAAGAUUCAAGGCUGAUAAUCCAGGGAUUUGGUUUUUCCAUUGUCACUUGGAAGUUCAUACAACAUGGGGGCUUAAGAUGGCAUUUCUGGUGGAAAAUGGUAUAGGCCCAAAUGAAUCAAUCUUGCCACCUCCUAGUGAUCUUCCAGAAUGUUAG